AUGAUAAUCACAAUCCGUUCGUCAAUCUGUCUGCUGUGUACAGUGGCGAUGGCAGCGUGUGUACAUGCGACAACGCUUGCUCAUUCGGUUUUUCUACCAUCGGACAGAUCAUUAAAUCCAUUUAGCGAUUCGUUCGUUCAAAGAGUGAUUAAUAUGGAUCGUUCGAAGCUUCAUGCUAUUCCACAGAUGACUGAUGAAGAAUUUUUAAAAGAAUUAAUAGAAAAUGAUGAUACUCUAGGUGGUGCAUUGUCUCGUGUCAGUGAAGAAGAUCCUUAUGAAGUCAUUUUCGAUGAUAAACUCGAUGAUCAACUUACAGUUCAAGAUAAUAUCGAUGGUGAAUGGGUUCAUCUGAUGACUGCUGGACCAUUGUCAGUCAACUAUAUCAGUAAUCUCCUUGUUCUUGCUAGCCGACGUGAUUUUCCAUUGACUCGUCCACCGCAAUUCGCGUUUCAACACAUACAAAAUCCCGAUUCAUUCAAAGCAACACUCGCACAAGUCGCAGGUUCAAUGUCUUCCGCAUUAAUAGGUGCACAUACAGCUAUGGAUCGAAUUCAACUGAACAUUCAACUCAUACCCAGUCUUGUUAAAAAAGCUCUCAAGCUGGUUCUUGCUGGUACACCUACGCUGAUUGAAUUGAUGCUUCCAAACACUUUAGAAUCAAUCGGUCGUAUUGCCAAUGAAAGUGCUGCGCAUGCAAAAUCAACUUUUCGUAAGUUUGCGUCCUUACAAGAUCUUAUUGCUGAGAUUAUUGAAGCAAAUACUAAUACACAUUCAACACAAACAAAUGUUGUUCAACUGAUUCAAGCACAAAUUGAUAAAGCUAAAGAAGAUGAAAAACUUCUAAACAGUAACAUCAAUUCGAUCAAAUCACAGUACGAAGAUGCCCGACGUGAAAUGGAAAAAGCUCGAAAAGAAUAUCAAGAAGCAUACAAUGCUAUCCCAACUGUUCGUAAAUGGUUCAAAAAAGUCUUUCGUAAAAUAAUCAAUGUUGUCGUCAACGUAAUUACAGCACCAGCACGCAUUCUAGGAUGCAUAUUAGGAGUUUGUUAUAAUAAUCAAGCUGCUCUUCAAGCAGCUCAAGCAGCUGCUGAAACCGCCAAACAGAAUGCCAUUGCCAAAGCCAAUCAUUUGCUUCAGGUAUUGAAAGAAGCAGAGAAACGUCACGCUGCAUUGGCUGCACAGCAAGUAGCUGAACAAGAAAAACUUGUAGCUAUUAUCAAUAAAAUCGCCAAUCUCGAUUUGGAUCGAAUGAGUGAACAAGAAAUUGUUGAUAUUCUCAUCGAAUCUAUCUUACAAAUGAAUCAAAUUAAAGUACAAUGGGGACGUCUAAUUCAAUUUUUUUCGAAACUAACCGUUCAAGCUGAUAGUACACAACAAAUUAUCGUUCAUGAACUGAUUGCUUCUAUCAAAGAAGCUCAAGAAAACAAUUUACUCAUCGAUCCAAGUGACCGUGAACUCUUCGUUGAAAUUCUCAGCAUUACAUGUCAAGAAAUCGAACGAGGUGCCCAUUUACUCUAUGUCAUGUCCAAAACGUACUAUGAUAUUUCAUCCGAAUACAUGUACGCACAAGUUGUUAGCAUGAGUGGAUUGUUGGAACCUAAGAGUGAUUCUCAACGUACAGCUUAUUUGAAAUCGAUCGCUUCGAAUACAACGUCGACUUCAACGAAAAUUACUCAGCUAGCACAAUCACGACAGAAUGAAUAUAAUUUACGUAAUAAACAACGACGAGAAGAGUAUGAGCGAUUUCUAACCAGCAUAGCCUUGGAAGAUUUGGAAGUUUCAAUUGGUUAA